GCCCAGACCCUCCACUGCUGACCUCUGCACACUUCAGCCUGACCCCCAGCCAGCCUGGCAAUGACAGCGACCUCGCAGGCUGCUGACUAUGGUCCGGAGGAGAAUGCCUCUGAGUUGGCCAAGGUGCCCACGGAGCCCUCGGAAGGGGUGGCAGCAUCUGAGACCAAAGGGGAAGAGCAGGCUCCCGUGGCAAUCCCUGAGGCACCUGCCCCCACAGCCUCGGAGGCCCCUGACCAUGGUCCCGAGGGGAAUGCUGCUGAGUUGACCAAGGUGCCCACAGAGCCCGCGGAAGGGGUGGCAGCAUCGGAGACCAAAGGGGAAGAGCAGGCUCCCGUGGCAAUCCCUGAGGCACCUGCCCCCGAAGCCACUAAACCUGCACCUCCAAGUGAAGACGUGCCCAGUGCCCCGCUGCUGCUGACCGUAGAGGAUGUGAGCGACAGCUCGGUGACUGUGAGCUGGGAGCCUCCGGAGAAGCUAGGGAGUCAGGGGCUCCAGGGCUAUGUGCUGGAGUUUCGCAAAGAGGGAGCCUCGGAGUGGGUGCCCGUGAGUGCCCGGCCCAUGAUGGUGACCCAGCAGACGGUGCGGAACCUGACCGUGGGAGACAAGUUCUUUCUGCGCGUGGCUGCUGUGAGCCUUGCAGGGGCCGGCCCGCCCGCUGUGCUGGACCAGCCUGUCCACAUCCGAGAGAUCAUCGAGGCCCCCAAGAUCCGUGUGCCCCGCCACCUCCGUCAGACCUACCUUCGCCAGGUGGGAGAGAUGGUCAACCUGCAAAUUCCCUUCCAGGGGAAUCCCAAGCCUCAGGUCUCGUGGACACACAACGGCCACGCUGUGGACAGCCAGAGAGUGAGCGUGCGCACUGGGGACCAGGACACCAUCCUCUUCAUCCGCUCCGCCCAGCGCUCAGACUCAGGCCGCUACGAGCUCACCGUGCGGCUGGAAACCUUGGAGGCCCGGGCAGCCAUCCACAUCCUGGUCAUUGAGAAACCUCAACCCCCAAGCAGCAUCAGGCUAGUGGAAGUCUGGGGCUGCAAUGCUGCCCUUGAAUGGACGCCGCCUCAGGACACAGGCAACACAGAGCUUCUGGGCUACACGGUACAGAAGGCAGACAAAAAGACAGAGCAAUGGUUUACCGUGCUGGAGCACUACCAUCCGACCACCUGCACCAUCUCUGACCUCAUCGUGGGCAACUCGUACUCCUUCCGGGUCUUUUCUGAAAACCUAUGUGGACUCAGUGACUCACCUGCCAUCACCAAGGAGCUGGCCCACAUCAAGAAGGCAGAUAUUGUUGCCAAACUUAAAGGGUUUGUUGAGAGAGACUUCUCAGAAGCCCCUUCAUUCACCCAGCCCCUGGCUGAUCACACCACCACCUCUGGCUACAGCACCCAGCUCUCCUGCAGUGUUCGAGCAUCACCCAAGCCCAAGAUCAUCUGGAUGAAAAACAACAUGAACAUCCAGGGGGACCCCAAAUACCGCACCUUCUCUGAACAAGGCGUCUACACCCUGGAGAUCCGGAAACCCAGUCCCUUUGAUUCUGGGGUCUACACCUGCAAGGCCAUCAAUGUGCUGGGGGAGGCGUCUGUGGACUGCCGGCUGGAGGUCAAAGGUGAGGGUUUGAGGAGGGUCUCUCCUUAGGGACCUGCCAGCGGGGAGAACAGGAGAUGCCACCUCUCCUCCUGCUGGACUAGAGGAAGCUGAGCCCUGAAAGUCAAGGCAGGACAAAAGGGUAGUGAGACUGCAGUCAGGCUGUCAGGACUGUCCACUCUCGGGGGGGGCUGAAGAGUCCACCUGGGAUGUCACCUUGAGUUUCUCCAGUUUCUCCACCCCCAACCUGGUCCCCAGAAGACCCCAUCCCACCGCCAGCUCUAACCUGUGGGAUCU